CGCUAAAUGCGCGGAUCCGAGCUUAAACAGACCACUCUUCGUUCUGUCCGUAACCACCAUCUACUCUCCCGACUUUUGUUCUCCUUUCACCCAUGUCGGAAUAUCCAGACCGACUAGACAACCAGCGUGUCAUUCGCCCACUGGACCCCGCAGCGGUCAGAAGGCGUUCACAUGUUUCUCAAUCUUGGCAUGAUUACGGUGACGGCAGCGUCAGCGCCAGCACCCGCUCCUGGGUUCAGUCGACUCAGCAGAAUCCACCACCACCGCCAGAGCAUUUACCUCUUCCAUCACCUGCACUAGGCCUUCGGGCUGUCAAUCCAGACGAGAACGAACCGGAGGAAUUGUCUGAAUUCAUGACAAUUCGUCAGGAAGAUUUUCACGGAUUACCUGAUUAUCCACUGCCCUGGACUCCUGGCGGGAAUCAAGGCGUCCAGCCGCUCAAACCAAAGAAACGUUUCGUAGGCGGUUUCGUUACUGGCUUGAAACGUAUCCCGAAGGCUAUGUUUGGCGGACCUAAAGUGAAGGAGGUGAAGAGACAGAGACAGAGGUCGACGGAGACCGGAACGCACCUGACCGAGAAUACCCUUCCACAAUACAGAACGAAUCCACCAACCCCAAUAACCUUACAGAUGCCGCGAACACAUGCCUCCUUGGCAGAUUCCAUUCCAGCUUCUCUAGCUUCGGGAGAAUUCCAACGGCAUAGGAACAAUCCCACUUUCAGGCUGGAGCCGCCUAUAGAGGUAUUCGAGCCUAGUGCAGUCUCACCGACAGAAGUGCCUAUCGACCAGACGAGAGAAUCUAUCCAUCCAGAAUCUAGGCGGACUAGCCUCCACCUAACAAUGCCGGAUCCCUCAAUAGCCCUGCCCCCCUCACAACCACCAUCGCGUCGUCAAUCGCAUGUUUCACCGCGUCCACCAAGGCGAGAACCGUCUACAGCCCAUCCGCCUUCUAUUCCCGCCCAUCCAGCCCCUUCAGAAGACUAUCGCCGCAUGUCGAAGGGUGAUUCGCAGGGCGGCCACGGGCCGGCAAGCGCAACAAGCUCGUCAGUCGGAGCUGAGCCAUCCUUUUCGAGUGACCUUAAUCCAGUGCUCAGAUUUUUCACUGGACUCUACGACAUGCCUUGGAUUGCACCAGAGCGCAUCACAGUGGACUACCGUCCCGGGGUGGACCGUGGUGCAUGGGUGUGGAAAUGGACCCAUGUGAAGAACGGUAGCGGGAGAGGCCAAAGGGUGAUGAAGCUGAAGCCGAUUCCCAAGGUGCUGGCUUCUUGGUAUGUCAUGAGUGAUGGUACGGGAAGGAAGGUGCCGGUGAAGGAGCACGUUCGUUCACCUAGCUCAGUCGCCCCAGUCGAUCUAUUGAGCUCUGGAGCGUCUGGCACGCGGUCGUCGAUGGCGACCAGCGGAGCGACUUCAAGACGCGGCAGACGGCGAGUACCCAUACGUUCGUCGGUCUUUUAUCCAGACCCUAGCACGCUACCGCGCUCCGUCAGACGGUCGAAACCUCCCUCGCGACAUGGUACUAGCUCGCAUAGCCGACACCGUGAUCAGGAACGACGGCGAAAGCGCCCUGCGUCACCUAUGUACCCCCACGGGUACGCACCGCCGAGUACUCCGCCGCCGCCAGUACCGUCCUUUGCAUUUAUGCCGUCUCCACAUCCUGCUCCGAGCCAAGAGGGUUCACAUGCGCAGCCUUCAACCCCCGCAGCUUUGGUGCCGGUGUUUGGGACGGUGUAUAUGCAAAUGUUACCACCAACUUCGAUGACAUCUGUGAACACGAGCCCGGGAAUGGCGGGGCGAGGGGCUGGGCAGCAGCAGCAGCAGCAUAGCUAUGGAUAUUCGCCCAUGGUCGUGCCUACUACUCCACCACAUAUGUAAUUUUGGAUUUAUGAAGCUCUCGACAUUUUCCUAUGUAAUACUAGUUGUUUAUAGUUAUGCCCAAUACCAUUGGACUUCGUUUUUCCCUUCGUUGUCGAGGAGUGUUGCGUUGUUGUGAUCGACCUAUACUCCUAGUCGAUCAAAGCUGUGCCUUUCGGACCG